AGCUUGCCUACUAGCGCUCAUGCAUGCGCGCGCCGCUUGCACCCAACAUAGUUUGCCUGGCUUUGGCCUGCGUGCGUGCGCCCGCGCGUGUAGCAUUGCAUGAUGUCCUCCCUCAUUAGUAACACACCACCCCUAACAUUUUGACCGUCCGCUGCAAGCGGCCCUUGUGUAAGAACAUUCUUGAUUAAAUUCACUCUACCGUAAAAACAUUCUAGCUACUUGGACUGCCAACGUGGCGCUAGAGCUUACGCAGCUUCCUCCUCAUCUUACUGUACUACUAAUACAAUAAAAUUGCUCAUGCGAUUGGAGCUAUAGCAGUAUUGGCGUAAGAACACGAAGAUAAUAGUGCCAGCUUCAGCCGUGCUAACUUCCUAUUUAUGGCCGAGGCACUUGGCUUGCACUCGCGAAUUUAGCUUAGCACAGUUAUGCGCCAAGCUGUGACCCCAGGACGUGUGACGAGGGGAACCAAACGAGUGAAGACAGCUGUGGUGCAGUGGGUAAACUCGGUGUCCUCUUUGCUGCGGAGCCCAAUCCCAAGUCGUUCUUUCGAGCCAAAACCUCGAUUCAGCUUCCAACGCCUGCACCUCCAGCCCGGCGCGCCUGCAGGACCCGGGGCGGGCGCUGGUGCCGGUGCACUCGCGUACUGCACCCGGCACGGCAGCGGUCUGACCGCCCCGCCACUGGACAUGGACUCCCCUCCUGACGCGCUGCCCCCGGCCGCCCCCGUCCCCUGGUGGACCAAGAUCACCCGGUGGCGGCAGACAUCGCGGCAGGAGGGGCGGCAUGCGGAGCAGCGGGUGCUGGGACUCUUCCCGGGCCCCGGCGGCCCGCUGACGGCUCGCGACGUGCGCAUCGGGCCGGGCAAGGAGGACUACCUUCACACGCUGCAGGGGGGUCCCGACUCGGUGGACCCGCCGGUGGUGCUGAUGCCGGGCUACGGAGCGGGGGUGGGGUUCUACUACCGCAAUUUCCCCGGCCUGGCUCAGCGGCUGCGGCUGUUCGCUGUUGACUGGCUGGGCACGGGUCUGUCGGGGCGGCCGCGCUACCUCGCCCGCACCCGGCAGCAGGCGGAGGACUUCUUCCUGGACAGCCUGGCGAGCUGGCGGAGGGAGGCGGGGCUGGAGGGGAGCAAGAUGGUGCUGGUGGGUCACAGCCUGGGCGGCUACCUGGCAGCCAGCUACGCGCUGCGCCACCCGGAGCACGUGGCGCACCUGGUGCUGGUGUGCCCGGCGGGGGUGCCCAAGGCCCCCGAGGACUGGGAGCGGCGGUGGCUGGGCGAGCGGUGGAGCUGGCGCGGGCAGGUGUUCCGCGCCCUGAUGUGGGGCUGGGAGGCGGGCCUCACGCCUGGGGCACUCAUCCGGGGACUGGGGCCCUGGGGGCAGAGCAUCGUGUUCAAGUACGUGGCCAACCGCUUCUCGCAUCAUGGCGAGGGUCUGAGCCCCCGCGAGGUGGAGGUCUUCCGGGAGUACUUUUACAGCAUCGCAGCGCUGCCGGGUAGUGGGGAGUACGCGCUCCGCCACUUGUUGGCCCCGGGUGCCUGGGCCCACGCACCGCUGGAGGAGCGGCUGCACGAGCUGCGGGUGCCCGUCACCUUCAUAUACGGCAAACACGACUGGAUGCGCCCCGAGCAUGCGGUGCGGCUGUGCGAGCGGCUGCGGGCCCAGCGCCCGCCCUCCGCCCCGCAUGACCUGGCGGUGCAGAUCAUUGAGGACGCGGGGCACUUUGUGUUUCUGGACCAACCGGAGCUGUUUGACAAGGCGCUCACAUCCGUGGUGGCUCCCUACCUGGCACCCGGGCGGGGCGGGCAGCGGGGCGCGGCGGAGGAGUACGCGGCGGCGGGCACACGCGUGCGCACUGCACCCGAGGCGGAGGGCGGGG